AUGGCUGCAUUGGCAGGCGUGUUGAGUCCUUUUGGGAGUUGGGGAAGCCUGCGUAACGUUAUCAGCAGGGUGGUGGCUGUUGGAAGACGAGAGGGCCGUCUAUACGCUAAGGGUAGACGACAGUGGUGGUGGCGGGCAAGGACAAGAGCCUGCGCAACGUUAGCAGCAGGGUGGUGGCCGUUGGAAGACAAGGGGGCCGUCUAUACGCUGAGGGUAGAUGAUGGUGGUGGUGGCGGGCAAAGACAAGAGAUGUGGGCGCGUUGGGUGGUGACCAUUGGAAGACAAGGGGGCCGUCUAUACGCUGAGGGUAGACAAUGGUGGUGGUGGCAGGCAAAGACAAGAGAUGUGGGCGCGUUGAGUCUUUCUGGGAGUUUGGAAGGCCUGCGCAACGUUAGCAGCAGGGUGGUGGCCGUUGGAAGACAAGGGGGCCAUCUAUACGCUGAGGGUAGACGAUGA